GCUGUAUCUACGUUUUGUUUGUUUGUGCAGUUCAUUAAAUUAGUGUUUAUUAGAAUAUAAACAAAUCGUAAUAAUUCACACGUUGGAAUUUUUCCAUUUUAAUUCAAGCUUUGUAUUUCUGGUGUUAAUUGUCUACUAACGAUCGAAGUUAUAAGUUAAGUGUAUAUUUUAAUUCAUUUUGAGUGUACAUUUUGUGAAAAGUGUUUUGAAAAGAUGCGCCCGGAGAAUCAAACGCAAAAAAGGCAAUUUUUCAAGCAAAUGCGCCGAUUUUUUCGCAAUCACAACGAUAUGGCUGUUAAAUUGAAAUAUUUAGCUUGCUUGGAGGCCACGCUGGAGCCCGACGACAUACCCAAGACGACCGAGCCCGUUUGGGUGCUGGGCAAACGCUACAACGCCAUUCACGACAUCAACAAGAUCCGGCAAGACGUCGUUUCGAAGGUGUGGAUCACGUACAGGAAGAACUUCAUACCGAUCGGCGGCAACGAGGGACUCACGUCGGACAAGGGCUGGGGCUGCAUGCUGCGCUGCGGCCAGAUGGUGCUCGCGCAGGCGCUCGUCUCGCUCCAUUUGGGCCGCGACUGGCUGUGGGACCCGCAGACCGCCGACCAGACCUAUCUGAAGAUCCUGCGGAAGUUCCAGGACAGCCGGCAGGCGCCGUACUCGAUUCACCAGAUAGCGCUGAUGGGGGCGUCGCUGGGGAAGGCGGUGGGCCAGUGGUUCGGGCCCAAUACCGUGGCGCAGGUUUUGAAGAAAUUGGUAAAAUACGAUGAGUGGAGUAAAUUGACUAUUCACGUAGCUUUAGACAACACGGUUGUGGUUUCUGAUAUAAUCGAAUUAUGUUUAACGAAAAACAAAUUAGACGGCGCGAAUUUGACGAAAACCGAUUGGAAACCUUUGCUGUUGAUUGUGCCUUUACGUUUGGGACUCACCGAAAUCAAUCCUAUUUACAUUAGCGGAAUACAGAAAUGUUUCCAGUUCAAGCAAAGCUUGGGCGUAAUCGGGGGUAAACCGAACGUGGCCUUGUACUUUAUUGGGUGCGUGGGCAAAGAGGUGAUCUAUUUGGAUCCGCAUCACACGCAGAAAACUUGUACUGUAGACGAUAAAAUGACGGACGAACAAAUCGAGGCGGAUUCCACUUAUCAUUGUAAAUACGCUUCUAGGAUAAACAUCUUGCGAAUGGAUCCUUCCGUCGCUAUGUGCUUUUUCUGCAAAACCGAAGCGGAUUUUAACGAGUUUUGUCAGCGAGUGAAAUCGGAUUUAAUCGAUCCCGAAAAGGAACCGAUGUUUGAAAUAUGUUAUAACAAACCGAAGGAAUGGUCGCCUACGUUGGAAAAUGCAGUCGAUGCGGGAAAUGCCUCAUUUUCAGAUUUCCAAGGAACGAGCGGCAAAUUUUUCGAUUCCGAUCACGAAUUUGAAAUACUUUAAUAUCGGCGUAAAAUGUUUGUGUAAAAUUUACCCUUACAUUUGCUGCUGGUCGGAAAACUCCGGGCGAAAACGGCCGGAAAAUAAAGCUGUACAAAAUAAAUUUCCUUAGUGCUUAUCGAAUGACGUUGAUGCGCAUUUACUUGUUGUACAUACAUUGAAAAAAAAUCGAUUGUUAUAUAUUAUAUAAUUUUCGUAUGUAUAUUAUUAUUAUUAUUAUUAUAUGUUCAUUAGGUUUUUUUAUUUAUAUCGAAAAAAAUAAUAAUAAUUUCGUUUGUUACGACUGUUUCUAAGCGAAUAAACUCUUUUAUCAUUACAAAUGCGUUUUAUUUAUUUAAACAUUUCCGAAAGGAUUACACAAUAAAAAUCGAGUUGGCACGAUGGCAACAAAAUGUUCACUUAAAUGCUCUUUUAAUAUACAGGGUGUCCCAAUGAAAAGUAGCCCCUUUAGUGAGCUAAUAAUUUCUAAACCCUAGUCAUAAAAACAUGCGGUUUUUGCAGAUAAAUUUUAUUUUGCUAUAAUUUUUUGUUUCAGUGGCACAGAAAUUUUAUACCACCUGUACAGGGUGUUUCAUAAAAAUCCCCUCUACUAAAUCCACAUUAACCAAUCUUCUUUUGUAGAAUACCAUGUACUAAAUAAAUAAUACAUUUUCGAAAAGUAGAAGAGUAUA